CUUUCUUCUUUUUUAGGUCAUAAAAGAAACUAAACUUAAGCAAAUUUACACAGCAGAAGAAAAAUAUACCAUUAGAGUAUCCAUGUAUACAAAAUUAACCUUUUCUACUAACAUGUGUCUGAGGCCAGUCCAGUUUCUCAAUUAUUAUGUGGGUACAGAUGAAAGAAGACAGCUGGAAAAUCAGCAGCAGAGUAUCAAGCAUAUAUUACAGUCAUUAGAUAAGCAGUUAAUGACAUUGUGUGAGAAACAGAAGCAUCUGGAAUGCAGAGACAAUGAGCUACGGCAACAGAAGAAGGAGCUGUUGGAGAGAGGAAGCAGAAGGAAACACCUGGAAUCAAAAAUUGCUGUGAAGUACAAUAGUAUAAGACAGCUGGAACAAAAUCCUAUCAACCUAGAAAAGGAAUCUCAACAGGCAAAAGUAAAGAUCAGAGCCAUAAAUACUCAGAAAGCAAAACUUGUUACAGAAUUAAUGUGUCAUGUAAAGGUAUGUAUUUUUUCUUGGUAUUUGUUCCAAUAUUGUGAAAAGUCUAAUUCUUAUGUGUAGGAGUUAUGAAUGUAU